CUCCUCUUUCCUGGUCUACUUAAGGUAAUUUUAAGCCCUUUUUUUCUAAGCUUCUUGGAAGCUGUUUUGCUAUGCCAUUUAGUAAUUCUUGGUGCCUUUGUGCACUGUCUCCUAAUCUGUGUGUCUAGCUUAAGAGGUGAGAUAUAAAUAUCUCUCCAUAUCUGCUCUCCCAGAUGGAUUGACUGCUUUUUUCCUUGGGGAAGUCUAAGAAUACAGAUCUCUUCAUUGUAUUAGAUCCUUGGUUGGCUUAUAGUUUGACAACAGGAGUUCUCCAAGUUCUUCGUCUUUUGGAGAUGUCUUUGUGCUGAUCCUAACAGGACUGCUCACCAUGCGUUCGAUGGAAUUUUUAGAGCUGCAUGGUGCUGACUUUGAAGCUGGUGAUGCAAUCCUUAACAGAUCAUCACGUGUAUUGGUGGCAGUCAUUUGAACUGCUGUAAAAGAUUGUUGCUGAGUUAGUUGCUGGCAAUCCAACAACUGUUUGACAAAGUUUCUGUGGUAUAGAUGAUCAUGAUUUCUAGGAUUUCCAUAAAGUAUCUCUUACACUAUGAAGAAGGAGGUUUAUUUUGAAGAACUUGUGGCUGUUUGGUGAUCAUCUCCAUCAUCCUAUGGUGUUUUCUCUCUCCUGUUUCCUUUUAAAAAGGAAAGUAAGGAAUAGCUUUCCUUCCAACCUUUUCUUAAGCUCAACUCCAUGAAUUAUGUGACAUGGGCAUCUACCGUGAAACAUCACAUUGAUAGAAAGAGUUUUUGGGGAUACGUUGAUGGUUCUGAAAAUGAACCUAAACUCAUCCUAAUCAAGACAAAGAAAGAGAAGACUAAAGAAUUGGAAGGUGCUGAAAAAGAAAACGAAAAUAAAUGGAAUAUGUGGAGAAUUGGCCACCACAAAAUGAUGUCACACAGUCACAGUUUUUGAAUAUUUUUGAGACUUCCGUAAGUGCUCAACUUGCUAAAUUUGAGCAUGCCAAUGAACCAUGGGAAAUUCUUAAAGAGAUGCAUACAAUGAAAGGUGCUGCACACAAGUGGAAUGUGCAAGUCAAGAUUGCUGGUGUUCACGAAGGGGAAAAACGCUUAUUAAAGAUUAUUACGGAGAAUUGUCACAAUUAUGGGAUGAAUGGACUAUUUUUGAACCUAAAUGGUGUUGUUCUGAAGAUAUGCUUCUUCGAGGAAAACAAAUGCAAAAAAACAAGUUUUAUAAGUUUAUUGUGGGGUUGAGGCCAGAAUUUGAUAUGUAGCCAUAACGUCUUUACUCCAUAGUUCUACGGGUCUAACAAUAAAUGAAGCCUCGUUGAAUCUAUUGUUGAGGAAAAUAGAAUUGCACAUUCCUAAGAAGGGAGUGAAACUGUGAAGUGUUUUGGCUCUCUUGAAGCCUACAAAUCACAUUAAACCUUAUUGGUUUAUUGUUUGCCUGCCCCACUUUGGAAAGAAUAAGGAAGACUUUAGCAAGAAAGUGAUUUGCUUUCAUUGUCAAGAACUUGGGCAUAUAAAACCAAGAAGGCCAAAGUUAAAGAAGCUUGAAAAGGAAGUUGCUAUUGCUGAAGGUUGCCAAGAUAAAGAAGAAACCCUCCCACUUGAAGGUCUUUCACUUGCUUAACCAGCCAAGGUUCUCCAACCGUUUUUGAAGGAAAGCACCUCAACCACUAGAGCAGUUACUUCUCCUUCACAAGGGUGGCACAAUGUGCUUUCAUAUCCAAGGAAGGGAGGUUGUGUGUCUUUAUUUACUGCAUGUAUCAUCAUCAUGCUUAUCAAAUCAUCACCUUCUCCAGAGUAGCUGUUUACAGAUGCCUAGUUAUGGUGAUGAGGUGAUUUUGAAUUCAGCUUUCCUAGAUAUGAAGUGCUACAGCUUUGGCCAUUAUCCAAAAGGCAAUCGGAUUCAUCAUUCGAAAGAGAUUUUGAAGGAUGAUUGCUUUUACCAGCAGAUGAGAGUGUUAAAACGGUCAAAUGGUGGGUCUGGUGCAGAAUUUUGCAGGCCAACGAAGAAAACAUGUAUUUCACAUGGAAAUGUAGCUUUUAAAGUGAAUGCUGGCAUUGAUUCUCAUGUCAUCGGUGAAGAAGAGAAAGAUGAUCUUGUACCACAUUCUCAAAGCAACAUGCAGUUAUGGUGGACAAAAAGCAAGAACAGUUCUGAGCACCUGCUGAUGAAGCAAAAGGAGGAUCGUCUUGUGGUAGAAAAGAGCAGUGGGUCAGCUUCUGUUAAUGUUACUAAUCACGAAAGCCUGGAAUCAUCUGACAAUAGCAGUAAGAAGCUUCAGCAUGGGUUGGAUACUCAGAAAUGUCAAGGCAAAAGCAGCUACCUGUUUGAUGUUGUAGAAAAGAUCCAACAAACAUCUGAUUUGGGUGCAACUUGCCAGGACAAUUCAAAGUUGAGUAAAAGAACUGCUAAGAAACAGCUAAAUCCAUGGCAUAGUGCUGUCCUCGAUAAAAGAGAAUCCUCUAUUCUGGAUGAAAGUUGCACGGUUGCUGACAAUUUUCCACACCAAUGGAAAAAGGUGACUUAUGUUGAAGAUGUUGAAAAAAUGCAAACUUCAGGUUGGAGUUGUAAAGAUAGCUUAAACCUGAACAAAGUUUCCACUCAGAACCAAUUACCUUUCUAUCAUGGUUCAGGUCAGAAUAUAUCUGAUCCCCUGCUUCCAGAUGAAGAUUAUGAUUGUUUUUUAAAUCAAAUCAGGAGCGACAGAAGAAAUACUCGUAUCUUUACCAGUAAACGAAAAGAACCAUCUGAUCUAGUGAAAAAGGAUCAAAUAAUGUCUUCUGUAGAAAUGAAUCAACAGGAAAACUCAAUUUGGAAUGCUGAUACUGCUAAAAUGCAAGUGCAUGUACGUCCUCUAGCUAAUAAUGAAGCAGAACUGAUGGAUGAUCGGUGUGCAUCUUUUGUUGGUCAUAUAAGAGACCAUAAAAAUUCACAUAAAACAAGAUAUAGAAGUCUCGAAAAUGGGAAGCCAUAUGCUUGGAAAUAUGAAAAGGACAAUCUUAUCUCUUCAGAUUGCAUGUGUAAAGAGGGUCUUAUCUUCUCAGAUAACAAGCAGCAACUUGAUACGUCUCAGUGUUCAGCGCAGAAUGGAGUACAGUGCUCUCUGGUGGAUCCUGAUUAUGAAGAAUUUCUGAAACGUCUCCAUAUCCAUGGCAGCUCAUGCAUGCACACUUUUAAAAAUCAAUGGGAUGAGGGCAUGGCUGGCUUCAUAUAUGAUGAAUAUAAUAUAUUUUUGCCAAGGGAUCAUAAUAAGAAAAUGAAGCAGGAAGAUGGUCGUUCUCUUGGUAAUGGGGAGCAGUCCUUAACUGACAAUGAGUUUGUUGCACAUACUUUUUGUGUGAGUAAAGAGAGUAAACCUAGUUUGAUAGGUGAAAAGGACAUUCACUUUAAAACUCCAGCAGGCAUCAAAGCAGAGAAAGAUGUUAGGAAAGAUAAAGACUAUGAGCAUUUCCUCAGGCACUUAAGAAAACAUAGGUGCUCUUAUGUUCUGGAAGUAACUGAUACUGAGCAAAGGAAUAUAGUUGUGUAUAAGUAUGAAAAAUAUGAAGACAAGGGCCAGUGGCUCCAAAAUAUAGGAAGCAGGAAACUCACUGUUGUGUUGAGGGAUGUAAAGAGAGCCAGAUCUGAUCCUUCAUAUGACCUGUCAACUGAAGGGAAACAUCUAGAUUAUCCUUUGAAGAUUAGGAGGAGUCCAAGGUUAAUGCAACUUACUGAAAGGAAAAGCCCUCGUCUAUCUGACGGCAUAUUGCUGGAAAACUCAUCACAACACAUGGUGUCAGGCUUGGGUCCAUGUGAUAAUGAAGCUCCUGGCAGUUUCAAUUACAGUUUUGGUUGUGGUCGGUUGGAUUCUUUCUCAGAAAGUCUACAUGCCCUUCUUAGAAAACCAUAUGACAGAAAGGAGCAUAAAGAGUUGAUAGAAGAAGCAAAUCUCCACAAACCAAUUACUCGGGAAAGAAACUUGCGUGGUCAUUCCAAAACAUAUUUCACACAAAAACUGGGUUUGUCAUAUAUGGAUCAUUAUCCUGAUCUUCAUGAAAGAAUAAGGGCAGCUGAUGAUGGUCAACAAUUGAAGUUACUGCGGGGCUUCUUCUUUUGGUUACAGAACUCUUGCCGUGAAGAUUCUUUCAUGCCAUGGUUGUCUUCCACCAGUGAGAGAGAUGUGGUCCACAUAGUUGACGAGUGAUCUGUCGUAAACUGUUUUAAUUCAUGAUUUUUCUUUUCAUUUAGUUGUUUUCUUUUUCCUUUAUUGUCAUAAUGUAGGAUUUUAAGGGAAUACAUGAAACAUUGGUGUCACUCAUGUGAUUGCAACAUAAUCCAAACCCUGAGUAACUAUUAAA